AGCUAGAACCCUCCCGCCAGGAGCCAGCUGCCAAGAUGGGGGCUUGGGCCUGGUUAUGGCCACCCCUGCUGCUCCUGGGUCUGCUUGGUCGACCCCCGGGUGCCACGGCCCAGGUCUGCUCUGUGAGCAACACCUUCUUCGAGGUUGAGGAGAACACAAAUCUCACUGAGCCCCUGGCUGACAUCUAUGUCCCAGAGGGCCAGCAGGUGGUCCUUGGACCCUCAUCCACCGCUUUUGCAUUUCGGAUCCAGGGGAGCCAGCUGUUUCUCAAUGUGAUUCCUGAUUACGAGGAGAACGUGUUGCUGCAGGCCCACCUGGAGUGCAUGAGGGGGGGCACGCUGGUGACCCAGCUGAGGGUGUUCGUGGCAGUGCUGGACGUCAAUGACAACUCCCCAGUGUUCCCCUUCACAACCAAGGAGAAGGCUGUGGAGGAGGACACUAAAGUGAACUCUACUGUCAUCCCUGAGACAGAGCUGGAGGCUAAGGACCCAGACAAAGAUGACAUCUUGUUCUAUACCCUUCAGGAAGUGACCCCGGGUGCCAGUGACUUCUUCUCCCUGGUGGGUGCAAACCGCCCAGCUCUGAGACUGGACCGGCCCCUGGACUUCUACAGGUUGCCGAACAUGACCUUCCAGCUGCUGGUGCGGGACACUACAGAGGAGAGUGCAGAGCCCAGCCACACGGCCACCGCUACGCUGGUGCUAAAGGUGCUGCCUGCAGACCUGCGGCCCCCAUGGUUCCUGCCCUGUUCCUUCUUCGAUGGUUACGUCUGCAUUCAGGCCCAGUACCAUGGGGCUGUUCCCACGGGACACAAGCUGCCGUCCCCACUUGUCUUGAGUCCUGGGCCCAUUUAUGCUGAGGAUGGAGACCGGGCCAUCAACCAGCGUGUCAUCUAUAGCAUUGUGGAUGGAGAUGUGGACAACAUAUUCGCCAUCAACCCAGAUUCUGGCAACCUCACCAUGGCCAAGAGUGUGCCCAGCCCGAGGACCUUCCUUCUGGUGGUGAAGGGUGAGCAGGCCGACCAUGCCCGCUAUUCCGUGACCCAGGUCACCGUGCAGGCCCUUGCCACCACGGGGAGCCUGCCCCACUUCCCCCAGAACCUGUACCUCGGCACCGUGGCGCUCGGCUCUGGAGCAGGUGUUGCUGUCAAGGAUGCCGCUGCCCCCUCCCAGCCUCUGAGGAUCCGGGCUCAGGAUCCAGAGUUCCCGGACCUCAACUCAGCCAUCAUUUAUCGAGUCACCAACAAUUCUUACUUCCGGAUGGACGGAGAGACAGUGCUGACCACCAUUGUGCUGGGGUUCAGGGAGGUCUUCUAUGCAGAGGUUGAGGCCAAGAAUACAGUGACCCUGGGCACAGCAACCACAGUGGUUGAGAUCCGAGUUUCAGAACAGGAGGCCCCCCCCACAGGUCCCCCAGAGGCUGGAGGAACAGCGGAGCCCUGGCGCAGCACAACCGUGGAAGCCCCCAGGCCCCCUGGGCCCUCUCAGGGACCCUCCACAACUGGCUCUGGAGGAAGCCCAGGGCUUUGCCCACCCUUGGGCACAACUCUGAGGCCACCUACCUCACCCACACCUGGGGAGCCCCCCAGUACAGCGAACAGCACCUCCCCCCAACCAGGCACACCUGGGAGCUCAUCACAGACCAUGAGGCCAGGGACCUUUCUGCCCACGCCCCCCAGUAUGGCAAACAGCACCUCCCCCCAACCAGGCACACCUGGGGGCUCAUCACAGACCGUGAGGCCAGGGACCUUUCUGCCCACGCCCCCCAGUAUGGCAAACAGCACCUCCCCCCAACCAGGCACACCUGGGGGCUCAGCACAGAACACGAGUCCAGGGACUUCUUGGCUGACACCCCCAGGGCCCAGCAGGAGCCCUCUGACCUCAGCAGGGACACUAGGUGAUGACCUCACUGAGGACAAGCGCUUCUCGAUGGUGGACAUGGCCACCCUGGGCGGGGUGCUGGGUGCACUGCUGCUGCUGGCCCUCCUCUGCCUGGUGGCCCUCGCCCAUAAGCACUAUGGCCACCAACUCAAGUGCUGCUCUGGCAAAACUCUGGAACCACAGCCCCCAGGGUUUGAGAACCAGGCUUUCCAUGCUGCCGAGGAGGCCAAUUGGGCACCUGCCCCAAGCCCAGGGCACAGCCCCAAGCCCACAGAGGCACCAUCAAUGCCUGCCCAACCCGCACCACGCAAGCCUCCCGCAACACCUGCGCCACCCAGUCCCAUGCCCCCUAGAAGUGUCCUGGAGUCCCCUGUGGCAACCCCGCCUGGAGAAAGCCCGGGAGCCGUGAGGUCCAUCCUGACCAAGGAGCGGCGGCCAGAAGGCGGCUACAAAGCGGUGUGGUUUGGUGAGGACAUCGGAGCCGAGGCAGAUGUCGUAGUCCUCAACGCGCCUCCCUCGGAGGCAGAUUGCGCUGGCGACUCAGGCAACGAGGGCAGCGGGGACGAGGACACAGAAGGGGGCCGGAGCGGGAGUCCACACAACGAGGCUGAUGCCGAUUCCACCUACAUCUAGGGUGGCUUUCCGCCACCUCUCGGAGGGUCUAGACCCUGGGGGUUCCGCUUGGCUAUACUCGCCCACCUUCCAUUAUGAAGAAUAAAGCCACACUUCUGAAUCGCCCA